GAGCCGCGUUCCCGCUUGGUUUUCCGCCACAGUUUAAACUGGGAGCUGUGGCUGGUUGUGACAUCGACGACAAAUGUUUACAAUGAUUAAAUAUUUCUCCAACAAGGAAGCUGCAGUUGUUUAUCGUUCCUGAUAGUACUCUAUAACUAACGAAGUUCGCUGUUUUGGUUCAAAAUUGGCCCGUGGAUAUCAACUACAAUGUCCCUGCCUCCAGAGAAAGCUUCUGAGCUGAAGCAAAUUAUUCACAACCAUCUGCUCAAGAUGGAUAUUCAGGGGAGGAUCCGAGAGGUGCUGGCUGAGACUGUGAGGGACGAACAAGGUCCAGCACAUCGACCUCUGUCUGAGGCGGAUUUCCUACAUGCUCUGCAGCGCAGGGGAAUCAUAGAAGAUGUGAUGAAGGACCUACACUUUACUCAGGAAGUACCCACAGAAACAGCAUCUCCUCCAAAGCCUGUUUCUCACUCUGUUGAGAAGAACAUUACUCAUCUGGAAAAAGCCAAUAUUGACCCAUCCAGACGGUCCCUGUAUCUCCAAGUGCUUGGUGGUAAGGCCUUUCUUGAGCACCUCCAGGAGCCAGAGCCUUUACCUGGUCAGGUGUGUUCUACAUUUACACUCUACCUUCACUUCCGCAACCAGAGGUUUCGCUCUAAGCCAGUGCCCUGUGCCUGCGAACCUGACCUGAAGGAGGGCUUCCUUUUAGAAAUUCACAGAGAUGGCUUAGGAGAAGGCAGUAAAAUGGCAGAUGGGACAGCCAUGCUUUCUAUAUGCGACCCCGUUCACUUGGUGCUGAUCAGGACGGACACUUCCAGUGAGACGACGUUGGUCUCGUCCUACUUCCUGGACUGGAGGACAGUACUCAGCUCACCCAGCGGGAAGACCUGCUUUGCUGUGGAGCUGAUGGGAGUUGGAAGUGAAUGUAAAGUCUCAGCUGGUGUUUUGACCGUUAGUCUGGAGCUCUACCCUCCUCUCACAGAGACUCUGAGCGCUGACAUCAUCACCACUCAGCAAUCGCUGGAGAAGCAGAGGACUGCAGAGAAGGAGAGACUUUUCUUGGUUUAUGCCAAACAAUGGUGGAGGGAGUUCCUCGAGAUACGCCCGUCACACCAGUCCAAAAUGGUGAAGAUCUUUGCACAGGAUGAGAAUGGUGUCAACAGGCCGGUGUGUUCGUACGUGCGAGUCCUCCGGGCGGGCCGGCUGCUAGAGAGCCCUCGGCAGGCAGCCCGCUUCGUCAGCCUGCUAGCCCACGAGAGGGCCCCGGUGGUGGGAGGAGGAGGAGGGGGCAAGCAGGAGCAGUGGUGCACAUUGAUGGCCUUCCUGUGUAGAGGGAAGGGGGACUGUGAGGACCAUGCCACCCUGCUGUGCAGCCUCCUGCUGGGUUUUGGCUUGGAUGCAUAUGUGUGUGUGGGCACCAAAGCCAAGGGAACACCACACACCUGGGUCCUGACCCGCGGGACUGAUGGCAGCAUCACCUUCUGGGAGAGUCUCACGGCACACAGAUAUCUGCACCAGGCCAUAGACCCUGAUGCCCCACCCCUGGCCCACCAGCCCAAGCCUUCCUCCCCAUAUCGGACUGUGGGCUGCGUCUUCAACCACCAAACCUUCCUGGCCAACUGCCAGCCAUCUGAUGCUGUAGAGCUCUGUGUUUUUGAUUUCCAGAAUCAGUCUCGAUGGAAGGCGAUGAGCGAGGAGGCGCUGAAGUCUGUUUGUGCCCCAGGCUCCACAACCUCCCUGCCCCCUCUGCCUCCACUCUGUGCCCCGUCUCUGGAUCCUGCUGCUGCCAGCAACCAGCUGGAGCUGGAAAUGCGCUACCUGGUAUCUGAGCACAGGAAGGACCUGGAGCUGGCGACUGUGUGGGAUGACCACCUGUGCUACCUGCUGUCCUCCGCACUGUCAGCCUAUGAGCUGGAGCGCUGCACCGGCGUCUCCUGUGGCAACGAGGAGUUCCAGGAUGCAGUAAGGAGAGCGGUGCCAGACGGACACACCUUCAAAGGCUUUCCCAUCCACUUCCUGCACCGCAAUGCUCGCAGAGCUUUUGCCACCUGCCUCAGGUCUCCAUUCUGUGAGGAGAUAGUGUGUUGUCGUGGCGACCACGUGAGGCUUGCGGUCCGUGUUCGGGUGUUUGCCUAUCCUGAGAACGCAUGUGCAGUGUGGCUCAUGUUUGCAUGUAAAUACCGCUCUGUACUCUGACCAGAGGACAUGUGGUACACAAAAACUAUAAGCUUAUGUUGCACAUUGACCCCAAGGCGGUAUUUUAGAUCUUAUCCAGGACACUUUCCGUCUGACUCUUAUGGAUUUGGGCAUGUAUAUUGCCAUAAGAAUACCUGGAACCGCAAUGAAAAAUUACUUGAUGUGCUUUUAUUUUGUAGAACCAAUAGACUCUUCGUUUGUACAGACAGGUUUACACUCAGAAUUAUAUUAAUAUAUCUAUUUUGUAAAUAAAUGGAAGCUUGUUCGUCUUGCUGUCUAUUUUUAGAUACCUUGUGAAGUAAAUAUCAUUAUUUUUUUAAUGGAAUUAACUUUAAUUGCUACACAUCCUUCUGAAUAACUCUUAAAAAUGUAAUUCAUAUUCAGCUGUUUUCAUAUCGAAAUGACAAAACUUUUACAUUUUGGCCUCCAGAUGUCACAAAGCACACAAAAUUAAAACAUCCACCCCAAAAAUCCCAUGUAGAAGGUUUAUGGCAGCAUCACAACAUAAUGUAUAUUCAAUACUGAAUUUUGUUACAUUUUAAAAUUAGGUGGCCACAGUUAAUGCUUUCAAACAGUUGUUAGCUCUCAUUAGAAAAGUGUAAUUGUCAUUUCCUCGAAUUUGUGCAAAUAAAUU